AUGCAAGGACGAAGGCGGACCCCAGUUACCGCGGCGUCUGGUGGCUCACAGAACUCGCCCAAACCAACCACGACAGCGCCGUCGCUGUCCGCGUAUAGGUUUGCAACAUACGAUGACCUGCAGCACAACUCACUGCCUCGGCUGGCUUUUGAGAUGGAUGAGUACUCGCAUGGCAUGGUAAAAUACCUGUUCACGAACUGGAUCCCAUCAUUGUACCCGCAAAAACUGGCUACCGUUCACCACCACCGACUUUUUGAGAUGGUUUACACUGACAGCAUAACAUGCGCCAUCUUCCUCACAUACGGAUUCAGUCAAUCUGCUUUUGAGCUUGUGGAAAUCAAUUGCCAGCAGAAGUCGCUCACCAGCGGAGAUGGAUCGAGGAAGCGGUACUUGUUCAGGUCCAAGGAGGCCUGCCUCCGAAUGAUGCGUGAAAUGUUUACUACUUCUUGGCCUAUGUCCGCUAGACGACUGUUCUUUGCGAGCGUCAGCCUCUCAGGCUGUGCAUUCAUUGUCAACAAUCCUGAAGAGGGACGUAUGCACCUUCAGGGCGCGGUGAACAUUGCCGAAGCCAUUGGGGGGUUCCGUAAUCUGGGCGAACUUGAACUAGAGGCAUCGUUGCUGUGGGACGUUCAUCUGGCCUCCUUGACAGGCCAGAAACCAGUAAUCAGCGGUAUCGAAGUAUCGCACAUUGCCCAGACACUCCUACCUCAAGUCCCGGAGUGGCUUGUGGACUCGGGUCUGCGAUUCAGCGCUCUCUUCGAACCCUCUUUGUCUUCAGAUGACAAAAGCGAUGUCUGCGGUGCCCUUCGAGGACUUUUCUACGCCGCAGAGCUAAUCAACGCGGACUCGACUCAGAGCGAAGACAGGAUCAACGAGACCCUGAUUAUCAGGACCUUGGUCGCGGGCCACCAGCUGAGUCGUUGCGCUCCGACUACGAACUCGACUGAUGUCGCCCCCGAACACAACAUUUGUACGCUUGAAAGCCUGAGACUGGCAGGAAUGCUUGCCAUUUUCACCACCCAUCUCAAGGCCACGAGGAAGAUACAUCUCUUUGAAAAAGUAUCCAGAGAUCUUGAGGUGCUGCUGCGAAGGUCAGACGUGGAGACAUGUUGGAGGCAGUACCCUGAGAUUAUGAUGUGGAUCUUUUUUGCAGGAGCGCACGGCUCGCCGAAUGUGUACCGUACCCAGUGGUUCAUUCAGAACAUCAGUCGAGGGGCUCACUCGCUAGGCAUCGACGACUGGCACCAGGCAAGAAUGGUUCUGAGAAAAUUCCCCUACAUUGUCAAAGAAUUCGACAAGCCUUUUGAGGAUAUGUGGAAUUCAUCCCAGCCAGGAUUUAUGAUCUAG